AAUUAAUUGCACAUUUUAAUUAAAAAGCAAUUUGAACAAGAAAGCAAAGAACCACAAGUUGUCUAUGUUGUGGUGACUAAGGAGAGUGACUCCUCCAUUCCUGAACAUGAGACACCACCUGAGGUGUCACCCAUAUUUUUUGAGUUUGAGAAUUUUAUUUCUGAGCCUCCAAAUGAACUGCCUCCCGUGAGAGACAUUCAACAUGUCAUAUACCUUGUUCUAGGAUCAUUUUUGUCUAAUUUGCCUCAUUAUAGGAUGAAUCCUAAAGAACAUGAUGAAUUGAAAAUACAAGUUGAUGAGUUGGGAGGUAAGGGUUUUAUUCAAGAGAGUAUGAGUCCAUGUGCAUGUCCUGCCCUUCUCACUCCUAAGAAAGAUGGAACAUGGAGAACCGCCAAGUCCUGCACGAGGAAAGGUGCUUGAACCGCCUGGGGAUGUUGACUAUUCCUUUAAUUUAACACAUUUAAGAUCCAAAAAGUCUUAAUAACCAACAAUAUCUUAUUCCCUAAACAUUACAUUGCAGAAUACAAUAUAAUAAUGCCAAUAAACAAUUGGUUGGUUGCUUGGCUGCCAAGAAAAUUUCACCCUUAGCUCCCCUAUAUAAGGAGCCUCCAGAGAUUUCAAAGUGGCAAAGAAAAAACAAAAUGGCAGAUCGAAUUAAGAUGGGAGAAGAAGUGAAGGUGCUGGGAGUGUGGGCUAGCCCAUUCAGCAAGAGGGUGGAGAUUGCCCUUAAGCUCAAGGGCAUACCCUACGACUGCAUAGAAGAAGAAGACAUACAUGGCAAGAAAAGCGAGUUGCUGCUGAAGUCGAACCCAGUUCACAAGAAGAUUCCGGUUUUCUUCCACGCCGGAAAAUCCAUCGCCGAGUCACUUGUGAUUCUUGAGUACGUGGAUGAGACAUGGAAGUCCAAUCCCAUCUUGCCUCAAGACCCAUAUCAGAGAGCCAUGGCUCGUUUCUGGGCUAAGUUCAUUGAUGAAAAGUGUAUGCUUGCAAUUUGGAAAGCUUAUCAAGGUGAUGGGAAAGCAUUGGAAGAAGCACAUGGUUAUCUAGAAAUACUUGAAAAUGAGCUCAAAGAUAAGAGAUUUUUUGGAGGAGAGUCAAUUGGAUUCUUGGAUAUCGCUGCCAUCUUCAUAGGAUAUUGGAUGGGAGUAAUUGAAGAAACGCGCACAGUAAAAUUGUUGACAAAUGAAAAGCAUCCCAACUUGUGCAAAUGGUCUGAAGAGUUUGUCGGUGUUGUCAAGGAGUAUCUACCUCCUAGGGAUAAACUAGCUGCCUACUUCAAAACUCUCUUCGUGACUACCCAUGGUUCUAAAUAAAUACCAAUGGCUAUUACAUCGAUAUAAUUAGAUGUCACAUUUUCUAUUAUUACUUAUUUCGUGUAAUUUUACUAUAUAUGUCCUACAAUAAAUAUGCAUCAAGUCAUGAGGCGUUAUAUUGAGUUUAGCUUAUUAAUAUUUUUACUUGUUAAAUGAAUCAUGUAUUAUGUCAUAUGCUUAUAGCAUAUUAUGUUUUUCUAUUUGUUUUAUGUUUUUAUAUAUAAAUGUGUUCUAAGUAUACAUUAUUAAGGACUGCUUCACUUUUUUUUUUCUUAA